UAGUAAACGGAGCGCCCAUUCCCAAUCACAUGCCUCAAAUCCUAUUUUCCUGCUUGCAUUGUUUGACCGCUCUUUCCUUCUCUACCCCAACAAAUUGCCCAUUUACGUGUAAGAUUCCCAUACCACCACACCCACUCAGACACACAGAGUCUAACUGUAUAAAAAGCAUCUCGCGUCUUGGACUCAAAAAGUCUUCUUCCCACAAAAGAGGGAUAUAGUGAGGGUAAACACUCAGAAGGAGAAAAGCAACGAUGGUGUGGGAUCGUGGAGGGAAGAAUCAGUCAUCACUUCCAUCACAUGUUCAAGAAGUGGCCCCUGAUUCUGCUGAUUCCGGCCAUGCACGUUUGAAUGAACUUGGCUACAAACAAGAACUCAAGCGUGACCUCUCAGUGUUGUCCAACUUUGCCUUUUCAUUCUCCAUUAUAUCGGUGCUCACUGGUGUGACGACCCUUUACAAUACCGGGUUGACUUAUGGUGGACCGGUUUCAUUCGUGUAUGGAUGGCUGAUUGCUGGUUGUUUCACUCUCCUUGUUGGGUAUUCAAUGGCUGAGAUCUGCUCUUCUUAUCCCACUUCUGGGGGGCUCUAUUAUUGGAGUGCAAAGCUUGCCGGCCCUCAUUGGGCGCCCUUUGCCUCCUGGAUCACUGGAUGGUUUAACAUUGUUGGUCAGUGGGCUGUUACAACGAGUGUGGAUUUUUCUCUAGCCCAGUUGAUAACGGUUAUAAUUCUCCUCAGUACGGGUGGGAAGAAUGGAGGAGGGUACGAGCCCUCUAAAUAUGUUGUUAUUGCAUUCCAUGGCGGGAUAUUACUUGUACAUGCCAUCCUUAACAGUCUUCCCAUCUCAUGGUUGUCAUUCUUUGGACAACUUGCUGCUGCAUGGAAUGUAUUAGGCGUUUUUGUUCUUAUGAUCCUCAUUCCCUUGGUUGCAACUGAGAAAGCCAGUGCCAAGUUUGUUUUUACUCAUUUCAAUACGGAUAAUGGGGAAGGAAUUGGAAGUAGAUUGUACAUAUUUGUUCUAGGACUUCUCAUGAGUCAGUAUACCCUGACAGGAUAUGAUGCAUCCGCCCAUAUGACAGAGGAGACGAAGAAUGCGGAUAAGAACGGACCAAAGGGCAUAAUAAGUUCCAUUGGCAUAUCCAUAAUUGUUGGUUGGGGUUACAUUCUAGGUAUCACCUUUGCAGUAACUAACAUCCCAAACCUUUUGAGUCCAGACAAUGAUGCUGGUGGUUACGCCAUUGCCGAAAUAUUUUACCAGGCUUUCAAGAAUCGAUUUGGCAGCGGUGUCGGUGGAAUUGUUUGCUUGGGUAUAGUUGCUGUCGCCAUAUUUUUCUGUGGCAUGAGUUCAAUCACAAGCAAUUCCAGGAUGGCAUAUGCGUUCUCGAGAGAUGGUGCCAUGCCGUUCUCCACAUUUUGGCAUAAAGUCAACAAGCAAGAGGUCCCUAUAAACGCUGUCUGGAUGUCGGCUGUUAUAGCAUUUUGCAUGGCGUUAACGUCUCUGGGAAGCUUGGUGGCAUUUCAAGCCAUGGUAUCAAUAGCUACUAUUGGACUCUACAUAGCUUAUGCCCUACCAAUCUUCUUUAGAGUGACUCUGGCUCGAAAAUCAUUUACGCCCGGGCCUUUCAGCUUGGGGCGAUAUGGCGUUGUUGUUGGUUGGAUUGCAGUCCUCUGGGUGGCAACAAUUUCGGUUCUCUUCUCGUUGCCGGUUGCAUAUCCCAUUACUAAGGAAACUCUAAACUACACUCCUGUUGCAGUGGGAGGCCUACUCAUUCUCACAGUUUCUUCUUGGAUCCUGAGUGCCAGGCACUGGUUUAGAGGUCCUGUAACAAACAUAAAUAGCUGAAGUUAGUUCGACUGUAGUUCACUGUAUUCUUUUAUAUUCAAGUGUUGCAUAUAUGCUUGUAUGUAGUCAUGCUUUAAUAGCCAUCAGAUUGUUCCUCUACUGGUUUGAUGCACUUUUUUUGUGUUUCCACAAUCGUAGCCUAGCUUUGCGACUCUCUUGUACUAAAAUGACAUUCUUACCACAAACUUCAAGCAAUGGCCCUUACUAGCUUUUGGCCCGAAAACUUGUGGCGGUUAAAUAUCUGAUACGUUCAGUGUUUUGUAUAUUUGUAACUGUAUAAAUAAUUGCUACAUCUCUCUUUUUAUUA